AUGACGGGCUACGAUGCGUUCGUGGACCAGUGCGCCUACGGACUCAUGGCGCUGGACUCGGCAGGGCGAAGACUCGGUCCAAUCAAGAACCCGACCAACGUAAGGACCACGAAGCUCAGGAUGUACGAGGGACUCUGGAAGACAUGCAGCUGCAAGGAGAAGCAAGUGAGUCUCGAGGGUGGACACAACAAGCAUGGCGUGGAGAACUACCCGAGGAAGAUGGCAUUCCAGGAGGACCUCGACAAGACCGAGUACAAGAUCAUGUGGAAAGCGCUGCUGGAGAAGUUCACCAUCGAAGAGGUCAAGUGGGUAGAGAAGGCCCACAUCCAGAUGGGCCAUCCCUCGAGCGAGGCGUUGGCAGCAGCAUUGAAGGAGAUGAACGCGUCAGUGCGAGUCGCCCGCAUCCCGCGGGAUCGAGGAUUCAACUACACCGUGGAUAUCGACACGUUCCAUGUGGUGUGGAAGGAUAAGCACAAGAUGAUACUCACCAUCAUGGACGAAAGCUCAAGGUUCGAGGUCGACACGGUGGUGAAGGACGAGAAGGCCACCACCGAGAUCAAGGCGCUCGAGAAACACGGGAUCAACUUGGCCGGGGCGCCGGCCAAGACACGAGCGGACCAGAGUGGCGCACACGUGAGUGACGAGUUCACGGAGUGGUGCGACGGUCGGCAGAUCAAGCUGCAGCUGAUUCCGAGAGAUGCUCACCAUCGGCUUGGCAUAGUCGAGCGGAAUCAUCGGGUACAACGAGAGCAGAUAGCAAGAUAUCAUGAAGAUCAUCCUGAGGACAGCCUGAAGCUUGCGGUACGCAUGACGUGCGACGCGCGCAACCAGCUGCGCAACGUGGAGAGUUUCACGCCAUCGCAGCGGGCGUUGGGAAGGCAGCCCAAGAACCUGGGCAGCCUGUCGGACGAGCCCGCGACUACGGGCGACCUCGGCGACCACGACGAGGGGUUCUACCGCAACCUGGCGCGCAGGCGUGACGCAGGCAAGGCCAUCCUGGCGGCAAACGUGGCGAGAGCAGUUCGAGGGGCGCUGGCGGCCACGAACAGGGUCGAGUACACGGAUGGCCCCGACAAACUCAGACAGUCAGUGCUGUGGUGCGUGCAUGGCCAAGACGAAGACCGUGGACUACCGUUGUCAACGGCCGAGCAAGUGCUAGAGAAGCUGAGGAAUGUCAGCGGGUCCACGAAUUACGCGGACCACACGGGCGGAGCUAUCGGUCAGCCGGAGGACUACGAGGACGAGCACUUCCCCAUGGAGAUGGACCGGCAGGGCGUCGACACGGACGGCCAGGUGGAGGAGACCGAGGCCGAGCGGCAGGCGGCCGAGAUGCAGGUGCCCGCGGCGUCCGAGCCCCCACGCCCGGACACAUCGGGCGACGCGUCACAGGACGCGGGAAGUCCUGAGAAGGAGCGCGAGACGACACCAGCUGGACCAGGUCAAGAGCACGUCGAAACGGAGCAGACGACGAGCCGGACCGCGGCAGAGAAGAGCAAGGCUGAGGAGCACACGGCCGAGAACGGUGACGAGUUGCUGGACGCCAUCAACGCGGCCAGACGACUGGUCGGACUGCGGCCACUACCGAAGCAACCAAAGCAGACCGACGUGGCGAAAGCGACAAGCGCUGCAAGCGGCAGUGAAGGCGACGAGCUGCUGCUACUGUACGAGGACGUGGACACGGAUGGAGUGAAAGAAGCGAGCACGAGAAUGAUCCUACAGGGCUUUCACCUGGAGGAGGUGACCAGCACCAACGUGGAGAAGGCGAGCCCUACCCUCACGCGAUUGGCGAGGUUCCUCAUCCUGCUCAUCCUGUGCCAGCAAGCUUGGAAGAUGGUGGCAGCGGAUGUGAAGAGCGCAUUCCUACAGGCGAAGGACAUCAGAGAACACGGAGUUCGGAUUGUUAGCAGGCCGACGAAGGACAUACGACGCCGACUGGCAAAGAUGAUGGUCCUGCAGGACGGCGAGAUAUUACAGAUGCUGAAGCCCGCGUGCAGCGAUGUGAGAGCCCCUACGCAGUGGAAUCAGACGAUCACGGAGGCCACGUUCGAGAUAGGCUUCCUGCAGCACGCGCUGGACAACUGCUUUCCAGUCGCUCAACCAGAGGUUCAAGUUCGGCAAGUGGGAGUUCCGAUCAGCAUCGUCUUCUGCGACAUGGAGAACACGCAGUCGUUCUCACGCGACGAGAUCGAGGUGAAGGCCGAGGCCUACAUCCACGAGGUCAAGCCGAUCAGUAUCGAGAAGACGAGGAGGAUGCACCCAGACGACCCAUGCACACCGAAUGAGAUCAGCCAGCUCAGCGGGCUGAAUGGGGCCAUGCAGCGGCCGGCGUCUCAGUGCAUGGUGCAG